AUGGCCGACGAAGAAGAAAAGGUCGUGGAAGAAAAAUGCGAACAAAAUGAAGAAAUUAGAACAGAAAUGUUGCCUCCAGAGCUUCCUAAGAGCGUUAAAAAUAAAGUCAAUAGUAAUGAGCCGGAGAAUCGAGAUCCAAAGUCUGAAAAAGAUGGUGAAGGAACAGCGAAAAUGGCUCCCCCGUCUCAAGGUACUGAUGUCAAAAGCGAGAAAGAUGCCAUUGAGAGUAAGAAAAAAUUAGAAGAUAAAAAAGAAACGUUUCCAGAAAUUCCGUACAAGGAGCCAUCAUGGAGUGGCAUACCUGAUGAACCCUAUUAUUUAGAACUCCUCAAAGGUGGAUGUAUCAAAUCUACUAAAUAUCUGACUGAGAAACCUUACUAUUUGUUUGGAAGAUUACCAAACUGUGACCUUGUCAUGGAACAUCCUUCUAUCUCGCGGUACCACGCAAUUAUUCAGUAUAAAGCAAGUGAAACUGGGAAAAGUGACAAAGGGUACUACCUGUAUGAUCUAGGUAGCACUCACGGUACUGUUGUUAAUAAAGUACGAAUAGAACCAAGGAGGUACUAUCGACUGAGAGUGGGGUAUGUCAUGAAGUUUGGGGGAAGCUCAAGGCUUUAUAUUCUCCAGGGUCCAGAGGAAGUAGAAGAAGAUGAGGAAAUGAUUGCAGAACAACGAGAAGGUUCCGCCAAGCACGGUAGUGAAGUUGGAAGGGUGAUGAGUGAAGAGGAAUAUGAAGAAUGGAAGCAACAGAAAGAAAAGAAACCAGAGGAGAAAGAUGAGGGAAUUAGUUGGGGAUUUGGUGAGGAUGCCGUAGAGGAAGAUGCCGUCAAUCCAUUUGCAUCAGAACUUGAAGUAAUGGAGACACAUGAGUUUAAAGAUCCUAAGAAAACUCUACGAGGCUACUUUGAAAGAGAAGGUCUAGAUCUGGAAUAUCAGGUUGAAGAAACAGGACCUGGUCAUGCAAGAGUCUACCAUUGCAGAGUCAAGCUUCCUGUCGAAACAGCCACUGGUGAUCCUUUAUAUGCAGAAGCUGCUGUUACAGGGAAGAAGAGAGAGGCUGUCUUAGCAUGUGCUGCAGAAGCCUGCAGAAUACUUGACAUGAAUGGACUUCUUAGACAGUCAUCACAUGAAAGCAAGAAACAGAAAAUGAAAAACUGGGAAGAGAAUGAUUACUACGAUAGUGAUGAAGACACAUUCCUUGACAGAACAGGAUCAAUUGAGAUGAAGAGAAUCAAAAGAAUGAAAACUGUUAAAAAAGACAAAGAAGAAACAGAAACCUUUGAAUCUCUAAGUUCUAAAUUAAAGUCAGUAGAAGAAGAAAUUGCAUCUCUUGAAACCAAGCUACAGGAAGCUAUGGAAGCCUCAAAAGCUGCUAAAGAAAAUGAAGAUUCUCUUGAUUUAUACAUGAAGAGUAUUGACAAAUGCAUGGACAAGACUGCUAGAAUGCAGAUGAGAAGAAAAAUAUAUGACCUUAAGAAAGAGAAGCAGCUAUUAGCUAAGCUUGUUAAAGUUGCACAACCAACAUCACUUCCAGAACUCCUAAUCCCAAAACUGUCAUCCAAGGAAGGAGUUCAGGAAAUUAAUAAAAAAUUGGAAGAGAAAAAGAUCAGUACCCCAGGUGUAGCUACAAGUACUGCUAGCCAGGAAGAAUCUACUACUGGAGUAGGCUCUAGCAUCAGACAUGAACGAGCUGUAUUAGAUGAUAAGGCCUCCUCAAAGGAUUCAAUUUCUUCACAUGAUCCCAACAGAGGAACUACUGGUUCAGACAAACAUGGAAGUAUUGAAAAUAGUGAAAAAGAGAUUGAAAGCAAAACCACAAAAUUUGCAAUGCCUGCUUUACCAUCUUUGAAAAGCCCCAAACCAAAACCAAAGAAAGUUCCACCACCAGAUAGCAGUUUAAGUAGGGUGUUAGAGGGGCUGAAAAGUAGUACUACUAAUGAGAAGGAUACAAGGAAGGAGCGCAGAUUCAAGAAACAUCAAGCUCCUGAAGAACAAAGUGGAGCAUUUCAGGAGAUGAUUGAGAAAAAGAAAAGAAAAAUAAUGCCUCAAUAUUCACCAUCAUCACCACCACCCUCGCCACCAGCACCAACUCAGACUGAAAGUUUAAUGGAUGAGAAUUAUUCAGAUUGGAUCCCACCCACUGAUCAAAGUGGUGAUGGUCGUACCAAGUUAAAUGAAAAAUACGGUUAUUGAAUUGCUCAUCUUUUAUAUCGAAAAUUACAUUAGAGCCUGCUCCAAAAACUCUACUAUCUACAGUCAACCCCUAUUUAAUUUGGGAGACCAGUCACCAACCAUUGUAUUACACUAUAUAUGUUUGAAUGCAUACAUAUAUAUUAUCAGGACAAAAAAACAGUAGUCCAUAGUAGUGGGGUUUCUAAGAGGGACUGACAGUUACAACCAGUGUUGCAUUCCAUGCAUAUUGCUGUUUUUGAAGAUCUGAGGUUUUAGCCUCAUUAAGUCACCCAUCCACAGAUACCAUUAAAAGUCAGUGAGAAAACAUUAGUAUUGUUCAACUUGCAAAUGGUUUAAUUGAUAAACAAGGCUAAGCAUGUGCAGAUGAGUCUCCAGUCAUUAAACACAGUCGUAUAUACCAAGUAAGAAAAGGGACUAUUACCUCUUUGAUUUAACUGUACAUUUUAAUCAGGGUUAUAUAUUGUAAUUCAGAAUAUGACAGCAACCUAUGGCAGGACAAAAUAAUUGGUCCUUAUGUAUCAAUCUGUACAUUAUCAUGAAUCUUUUUGUAAUUCUAAAAAGUGUUGAAAGAAAAUGUUAUGACAUAGAACUAAACCAGAGAAAAAGUCUUAGAACACAAAUGGGAAAUGUUCACAGCCAUGAGUGUCUAUUGUAAAAUGAAAAUACAUCUUUCCAUUCCAAAAUAAAAUUAUAGAAAAGGCUGAAAAAGUA